UAGGCGUGGUCACGUUUGUAUUUCCUAAUAAUGACUUCCUGCUUUGUUAGGCUGCCUCCUGACAGACUUGUAUCGUGCUUCCUUGCAUACAAUCACAGUGGGGUUUGUAAAGAUGAGCCGCUGGGACCCGGCCGUGGUGGUCCCUGUGUGUGGGACGGGGGUCCUCGUGACCUCUGUGGCGCUGGAAGUGUUGUAUGUCCUCCUGUCCAAUCCGAGCGCCGCUCAGCUCCCUCUGCUGCUCUUCGCCUCCUAUCUCCUCUUCAAUGUGCUGGGGAACAUGCUGAAGUUUGUCCAGACCAAUUCCACCAUCGCAGGGGUCUUCCUAGAGCAUGACAAUGUGGGCCAAGGAUGGCUAUACUGCUAUACCUGCCAGACACACAUUCCCCCGAGAUGUCAUCACUGCUAUACCUGCAAUGUGUGUGUCCUUCGGCGUGAUCACCAUUGUACAUUACUUGGAAAGUGUGUUGGCUUCUCCAGCUAUAGAUAUUUCCUCUGUACUCUGUUCCAUGGGUGGUUGGCACUACUUCUUGCCACCAUACUUAAUGCGGAUAUAUUUAUAGGUCUUCUUCAUGAGGGAUUAAGCAUCCACAGCUUCCUUCUCCUUUUUAUGCCUUGGAUGAUGUUGGUUUUGGGUCAAGUCAAAGCGUCCACCUUUAUAUUUGCCUUUGUGGCUGACACUUGUAUUGUGGGAUUCCUAUUCUGCUUUGCAUUCCUUACUUUUCACCUCAUUCUUCUAAGCCGUGGAACUACUACGAAAGAGUGGUUUGGUGGUCACGCAACAGAAUAUGAUAAUGGCUGGAAGAAAAAUGUUAAGAACUUCUUAGGAGAGCGAUGGUACCUUGUAUGGUUAUCACCUUGGAUACAAUCAAGAUUGCCUGGAGAUGGUAUCAAUUUUGAACUUGGGCAUCUCUCUACUACUGUACCAACCACGAAGUCCACCCAAUAGCUUGUGUGAAGUAUUUGUGAACCCCCAGCUCUGCCAUCGUUGGGUAAAAGACCAAGUGUGCACCAGAAGAACUGCUGAACGUCAUUUAAUACCUGGAUGUGUAGAGGAACAUGUUUGUACUGUGAUGCAUGUACAGCUGGCUGUAAAUGAUUAUUUGAUGCCUUUUAGUAAGAUGGUAUUGUCAGAGCCUACAUACCCUCUCUCGGAAAAUAAUGAUGUUAAUGCCAGAUGACCUCUGUCAUCUCAAAAUUAACCUUUAAAAUCUUCAAGGCCUUUUAUAAAAAAUGUGCUUACAUCGGUUUCCAGGACCAUACUUCCAUUUGUUCAAUCAGUCCCUAGACCUGAGAUGAUCUCACCCAAUCUUAUUGAUUAUAUUGGGAAUUACCAUAUUUCUAUGGGUACUACAGGGGGCUGAGGCAAAGAGGCAGCUUCCUUUUAAAAUUAUUGGCCACAAUUUUUUUUUUUUUUUUUCCCUCCAUUAUUUUUAAAGACUAUUCAUAGGUAGUCAGGUUGAAAAAAGACACAAGUCCAUCGAGUUCAACCAUAAGAACCAUUCAUGUAAUAUAAGGUUAAUUACACAUUAUCACAAUAUUCUAUGCCAGAUUAGAAUCAGGAUAACGUCUAUCAUUUAUUUUUAUUUUUUGGAGAAGUGACACCAGUAGAUGGGUGUUGCUUAUGGUGCCAAAAGAUAUGUGCCUGAAGGCUCCAGUGGUGAAAAUCCAGCCCUGACAAAUAUUUACUUAUAUUGUAUGGCUAUUUGAAAAAGGUUUGUAUGGUUAGUUUCCAGCACAGACAGUACUGCACCAGUCCUUGAAAAUUUAAAAUGUUAGAGGAAAGACAAACUGAGUGGGUGUUGAGACCACAUCAGUGAUAUAGGACUUUACGGUGUGUCGUGUCAGGGAUAGGUGAGCUAAUAAUUCAAUAUAGAACGUUGUAUAGAAAAGUAACAAUUUAUUAUAAAUAUAUAAAAAUAAAACACAAUGAAUAAAAUCACUUGUUGCCCUGUUACAGAAGAGAUGCUAAUAGUGAUUAGAUGAACUUGAUGCUAGUCGCCGACAUGUUUCGCAAGAAAAUGCGUCUUCUGGGCGCCGUAUUCAUCUAAAUUACAUCCUCAUCUAUUAAUAUGUAAGAAAAACUAAUUAGUUACAUAUAUUUUCCGGGCAUAGAACAUAAAAAGUUACAUAAUUUAUACUUAUAUUAAUACAUCAUAAAUGUAUAGAUAAAUGCUCACCAGCGACUGUAGACUAGCAGACUUUGUCAGCAAGAACACAUGAGGCCUAAAUUAGGGGAGAUGGAAAAAACCAUAGGGCAGAGGCUCGCCCGAGCGGCAACUAAGGCCCCCUGCGGGAGUCAGACCUGCAGAGUUUAGAGUGAAGCUGUUUCCCCUGGUGGUAUUCAGAUAGCGAUAGGUGGUAUAGUGAAAUCUAUAAUAAUAAUGAUGAGAGAUGGUAAGAAUUGUAUAUGCAUAUAUAUAAAUGCUAAUAUAUAUAUAUAUAUAUAUAUAUAUAUAAUAUAUAUUAUAGGCUUGCUGGUGUUAAUCAGCAAAGUACCUAGAGAGGAUAUCCAAUAAAUGUACAAUUAUUUUCUCAUUGUCGACUUACAACUAGGG